CUUUCACUUUUCUCCUCCCAGCGACUUGCACUUCAGACCUGAGGAGCUUCCACUCUUUCAAGGAAUUUCCUUCAGUCUUUAACCCACACAUUAGCCUGCGUUUGUAACAUGGCUUUCUCACUGAAACACCUCAUCCUUCUGCUGGUUGCUGCGGUCGCUGUUUGCAUCAAACUUAACGACGCCCAGUACAUUCCUUCAGCUAGGUGUCUCUGUCACAAUACCGUCAGGAGGACUUCAGAAAUCAUCACAGAUUUCCAGAUUAUCCAAAGAGGACCCAGCUGUGACACCACUCAAGUCAUCGUUACCAUCGAGAACUCAAACAACAGCACAGUCGAGCUCUGUCUUAACACAGAGGGCUUGCUAGCCAAGGCGUUCAUCAAGUGCUGGAACAGAAUCAAGAAAGACGACAGCCAGAAGGUGACCUGCCUGAACAAGAGCAAUAUGAGAAGGGCCCCAGCGAGGGUGACAGAUAUACACGCUUGACCGGGAAUAGCCACUGGAGUGGACUCCCAGCAGUCACCAUGAUCACUGAAAGCCCACCACAGUCGAUGAACUGUCCUCCCACCGAAAGGGUCGGGGGGGGGGGGGGGUUAUGAACCCAAAAGGAUGAGCAGAAUAAUGAAGAACUGCUGGACAGCAUGAAGAACAGAGGAAUUAUGAGGAGGCCUGGGAGCACUUUUGCACAUGUGUAUUCUAAUUGUGUGUUUAAUAUUUAAAAGUAUAUUUACAUGGUUAAUAUUUAACGGAUAUAUUUAUUGAGUUUUGUUGUUUAUGUAUUCAGUCAAAUAAAUGUUAUUUUGAUACAGA